AAAUCACAGGCGAAACCUGCCAGCCACCCGCCAUGGAGGGCGGCCAGGACUCCUCUCUGUUCUUGGUAAACAUUCUGGAGGAACUUGACACCAAACAGAAUACGGUUUCCUACCAGGAUCUCUGCAAAUCCUUAUGUGCCAGGUUCGAUUUGUCACAACUGGCAAAGCUCCGGAGCGUGCUCUUCUACACCGCCUGCCUGGAUCCAAAUUUCCCCGCCACCUUGUUCAAGGACAAGAUGAGGUGCACCGUCAACAACCAGCAGUCGAAGAAGAUCAUGGUGGCCGCGGACAUCGUGACGAUCUUCAACCUGAUACAGAUGAACGGGGGCCUGGCCAAGGAGAAGCUCCCGGUGGCCCGGGAGAAAGUGAGGAAGAAAGAGUCGUUGGAGUCUUGCCGAUCAGACACCGAGGUGUGCAACCUGGUGGACUGUGUCCUGAACUGCGAACUGAGAGACGGAGAGUUCGGCCGGGGCUAUUCAAACGUGAGCCCUUCCAAAUGCAGGAAGGGAGACUGCCAAGAUUGCCCGCAAUUCGUCCCGGCUUCGGAGCCGAACUUUUUGCUCGGCGUCAAUAAGGAACUGAAAGGCCGGGCUGCUUCUCUUAACCGUUUGCAGGCCCUGGCCUCUUAUAACAUGGCCAGCUCUCCCCCUUGUGAGAUGCAGAGCACCUAUUUCCCCAUGAACAUAGAGACUGAAUCGAUAUCGGACCAAGACUCCUUGCCAAUCGGCGCCAGCCUUAAGGAAGCCUUCAUUGCCAACGAUGAGCCCUUCGUCGUCCAGUCGUGUAUUCAGAAACGGAACAUCUUUAAGGAGGACUUUCAUAACCUUCUAACCAUCUCACCCAGCUUGGUAUCGCCCACUAGCAAAGGGGAGGAUGAUCUGGUAGACCCUCCGGGCAGGAAGGAGAGUUCCAAACCAGUAUUCUUCAACCACAGCUUUGAAAUGCCCUACAGUAGUCAAUACUUGAACCCCAUUUAUUCCCCUAUACCAGAUAAGAGGCGGGUCAAGCAUGAAAGCUUGGAUGAUCUCCAGACUUCUACCUAUUUUGGCCCAACCACAGUUCUUGGUUCGCAAGAUACCAAGCGGUGGUUGGGGAAACCCAGCAAGCCAACCCCAUGGCCUGUCAAGAGUUGGAGCUUAAAUACUGAAGAAGUACCUGAUUUUGAGAGAUCAUUUUUUAACAGGAAGCAGUCCGAGGAGAACGCGCGAUACCAAGGCUCCAACGGGCAGUCUUCCAAUUUCUCAGCGGCCGAGAGACACCAACCUUAUCUCGGCCCAAAAGAUCGACAGCUGAUGAGCCAGUCCAGCUACGUCAUGAAACCCAACAGCCAUAAACCCAAAGACAUUCCUGCCAUUUUAGAAGUGGAGAGCCACGAGCCCGUUAAAAAAUUUAAAGACAAAAGCAUCAAUUGCACCUCCGCCCAGCUGCUAAGUAUGGAUAAAACCAACAGCGUGGGGACGCAGACAGACCAAGCCGGAGUGGAGCACAAAAAGUGCAGAGAGAUGGGCCAUCCGAAUCCCAAUAAAUACGGGGACCACCGUUCUCGGAAGCCGUCGGACGACGACUCGGAAAUCGUAAGCGACGACAUCAGUGACAUUUUCCGUUUCCUGGACGACAUGAGCGUCUGUGGCUCUACGGGAGUGAUGCAGUCGUCCUGUUACAACAGUACGGGCUCUCUCUCUCAGAUACAGAAGUCCGAUUGCGAGAGCUCUCCCGAACACCUCUUAGCAAAGACUUCCAACGGGAACGCCAGCAACAAGCUGGACAAAGCCUCUCGGCUGGAGCUCGGCAGCACCGACGAUGAACUGAAAACCAGCGUCUGUAAGUUGGUUCUCCGGAUCGGGGAGAUUGAGAAGAAACUGGAGUCUCUCUCGAGCGUCAGGGAUGAAAUCUCCCAAGUCCUGGGGAAACUAAACAUAUUGGAUCAAAAGAUUCAGCAGCCGGAGAAAGCCAGCGUCCACCUGGAUCUUAAUUCUUUGACGAGCGAAGCUCAGUCGGAAGAAAGUACCUCUCCUCGGAUAUUUUCAUGCCACAGUUCCUCCCAUGGUGGCAAACUGGAAAAUAAUCCGGACUGGUGCUGUUCAGAUGCCAGCGGCAGUAACAGCGAGAGUCUCCGAGUCAAAGCCUUAAAGAAAAGCUUAUUCACCAGGAGGUCCUCGAGGUCACUGACGGAGGAAAACAGCGCCACUGAAUCCAAGAUAGCAAGUAUUUCUAAUUCCCCAAGAGACUGGCGGGCAAUCACCUAUACCAACCAAGCGGGCAUCACAGAGGAAGAAAUGAAAGACCGAGGCGGGGAGGAAAAUAAAGACUGGCAUAGAAAGUCCAAAGAGGCAGACCGGCAAUAUGAGAUCCCUCAACCGCACAGGCACUCGAAACCACCAAAAGAUACCUUCUUGAUCGAACAGGUUUUUAGCCCCCACCCGUACCCUGCGUCGCUCAAGUCCCACAUGAAGACCAACCCUCUCUACACAGACAUGCGGCUGACGGAACUGGCUGAAGUCAAGAGGACCCAGCCGUCCUGGACCAUCGAGGAAUACACGAGAAACUCAGGCGAGAAAGGCAAACUGGCUUCUUUGGAUCUACAGACUCAAGAAUCCUUAAAUCCCAACAAUUUGGAGUAUUGGAUGGAAGAUAUAUACACCCCGGGCUAUGACUCGUUAUUAAAGCGCAAAGAAGCGGAAUUUAGGAGAGCGAAAGUUUGCAAAAUAGCAGCUCUGAUCACAGCAGCUGCCUGUACCGUCAUCCUGGUCAUCGUCGUCCCUAUAUGUACUAUGAAAUCAUGAACUCAAGGUUCGAGGAAUACAUCGCCGCCUAGUCAUGCGCCCUGGACAUCUCGUUCAGUAUUUGAAAGAACCACUUCGCGGGCAAAAAAAAAAGAGAACACAAAUUCAAACCAUUUGUUGGGAGAGAAUCUAAGAUCCCAGCAAAUGAGCACAAACACACGUGUGGGUUGUUAUUAUUAUUAAUAUUAUUAUUACUUUAAAAAGAAGGGCGUUGUUUUAAAAUAGCAAAGCACCUGGCAGGCGUAAUAACUUGGUUUGCAUUUUUUUUACAUAUUAUCGUAAGUGGAUCUUCCUUCCUUCCCUCCCCCCAUCCUCCAACUGAUAAAGAGAAGAAAAGAAGAUUUUGUGAGCCUGGAAAUAGAUGCGGAGCGUGUUCCUCUUCUGCCCUCUCAUCCCGAGCAAAAUUUUCUACUGAAGUUAUAAAGACAACUGGUAACUCCUGUACGAUAUGCAUUUUAUGAGAGAGAGAGAGAGAGAGAAAGACCGGUGGUCUUGCUCUCCAAGAUGUCAAUGCUACGAAUGUAUUGUGUGUAUGUAGGGGGGGUAGUGUCUCUUUCGUUGUGUUACCUAUUCUUUGUUUGUCCAGUUUUGAAAGCAGAUUCUGUAGCCACGAGAUGGGUGUGUUCCUGCCUUGGGAACUGAUAAGGGCUCUUUGCGACCUGGUUGUGCCCCUAAGACCUUCCUUCGUUAUCUCAGAGUGUGUAGGUCAGGGGGCCGGACCCGAACAGCUAUAAUGCUAGAUUACAACUCCCAUCAGCCCCAACCUCCAGAGGUGAGGAAUGAUGGGCCUUGUGGUCCGAUGGCAUCGGAAGGACCGCCCCUAAUGUCCGGUAAAGUGCCACCUGCUAAAAACCAAAAAAAGAGAGAUUCUGUUGAAAAAAAGCAAUUCUUGUGUUGUUUAGUCGGUUGUGUUAACGUUAUAUUUCUAGAAAACGUGAUGGAUGGCCAGAAUCAGGAUAUUUUCAAAUUUAGAGAUAUGGAGAUAAAUUCGCUUUA